GCUUUUUCUUGACUUUAAUUUCAGAGAAUGAAGAGAUUUACACGAAUCUUGUCCCCAUUUUGCCCAAUUUCUCCCAACUGAUUUUCUUAGCAAACUCAUCAGCAAAAAAACCAGUGCUGGGUCCAGGAGCCCCUUUCGAUUUUGAAAAUCAUCGCCAUCUUUAGCUGCGGAAUUCUCUGGGAUUGCUUCUGAUUUCUGCCGGUAAUGGCGGUUGGGAAAGCAGCUGCGGCUUCGAUGUAGAAUAUCUGCAAGACCAAGAGUAUUUGUAGAAGAAGAAGAAGAAAAUGGAGGUCCAGCAGCCCUGGAGGCUCAGAUUCUCGUUCAAGAAUGCGACCAUAGCUAUGUGCUUGCUGAACCUGGUGGCUGCUUUUUUCCUGCUUCAGGGCUUUCUGUCUGCUGCCUCUUCCCGCAACAGACCCUCAUCAACAAAUCCAAGUUUGGGUCAACUCAAAUAUAUCAGGGAAUCGGAAGAGAUUCGAUUCGCCAUGCAACCUUUGGAACUGAUUAAAAGGGUAAGGGAAAUUGAACGGGAAGCACACUAUGAAACAGAAGUUGUACAAGAGAAAGACUCCAAGCAAAAUGCUGCCAUCGAUCUUUCUAAAAGGUUGAAAGACUUCCGUUCUCUCAAUGAUGCUUCCAGCUUAAAAGCUCUGGAGGAAUGGAGGAAAAGGAAGAUGGAAAGAGCAAGACUGCGUGAAAUGGAGAAAAAUGGAACACUGAGCUCUCCUUCUCAGCCUCGAAAACACAACUCAUAAAUCUGUACCUUAAAGUCUAUGAACCUUCGUUAAUCAUUGUCCCUUACUUACUUCCCUUGUAUUGUAUAUUAAACUUGUCUCUCUGAUUCUAAAGUAAAAAAAAGAUGAAAGCAUUAUACCUCU